ACAAAGACGCACUUCCUGUUUGGUUCCUGCACGUUGUCCUUUUCCUCACCACUAAUAAACCUCCACUUCGCUGUGAGAACAGAGAAAAUCGUCAACAUGCCGAAAGCCAAGAAGUCCGGGAAGAGAAAGAACUUCGAUUACAACCAAGAUCGGAAGAAGAUGAAGAAACAGUUCAUCAAGAAAUACAAUCCGAGGAUAGAAAAUCGACAGAUUCGAAAUGCGUGGGACGACAAGAAGUCAACGGCCACAAAUCUGCGGGAGAUGGGUCUGGCUUUCGAUCCAAACCGCACGCUGCCAAUAAAGAAAAAGAGCCUCCUCCGGGCAGAAAAAGAGACUAAAGCUCCUGUCGGCAUCGUGACCAAGCCCUACGUUAUCAACCAGCUGGAGGAGGAGGCCAACCGUCCAGAGAAAGAUACAAAAACACUGUCUUCCGACCUGAUCGAGUACGCUCAGUACAUGAUCCGAGAACACAAGGACAACUUCAAGGCGAUGGCCAGGGAUGAGAAGAACUAUUACCAGGACACACCCAAACAGAUCAAGAGGAAAAUAAACGAGUACAAGCGCUGCCACCCGCAGCACUAUGAAGCCUUCAUCAACUCCCUAGCUUCCUCAGAGCCAAUGGCCAAGUAGAGGCAUUGGCAACUUCAGUUUCUGGACUUAAUGUCAUACUCUGUAUCACAAUCUAAUUUUGGGGAGACUGUCAGCAGUGCAAACUGGACAGAAGUCCAUUGUGAGGAGAGCAGAUUCACACCACCCAUAAUCAGAAUAACCAACAGUGACAGGAAGUGGAGAAGUGCUGGAGCACUGAGGCUUGAGCAUGACUACUUGUCUUCUUAUGGACCUUAAAGGACCUUUUUCUGUUACUUUCCUUUCAAGAUUUCCUGUUUAUCUGAUCUCAAGUCUGUGUUAUCAAUGUCAAACAUGACUGACGGAGAUGUAUUUUUAAUGUGUCAUUUAAAUACCUUGAAGUUUA